UCUGGAGGAGAAAGGCUUCAGGAUGUUGCUGCUCAAAAGCAGUAGAAGUGGCUUCCUGCUGGGGGAAAUGAUCAUACAGCCAGACAAGCCCCUACCAUGAACAAGGCAGAACUUUACAAAUUUAUACACUAAAACUUACACACAUAAGCUGGGAAUGCAGAGCACAGAAUCGAAAUCUAUGUGAGUGCUUGAUGUUUAAUGGGGGGUUUGGAAAAUCAGAUGUCAAGGACCGGUACAAACCACAGACACCAUGCUUCUGAACCUGACCAAUGGGAGCUGCCAAAUACCUCUGGAAAACGACCGACUUGGUCUGACCUACAUCUAUAGCCUUGCUUUUUCAAUUGGACUUCCAGCCAACCUGCUGUCCCUCUGGGGUCUGUAUCAGUUAGGCCGGUUAGGGGGAGGUGGCUGCCAGCUGGUUUACAUCCUCAACCUACUGCUUUCAGAUCUUCUUCAGCUACUUACAUUGCCACUGUGGAUCCUUUACCUGCAGGGAGAGCACCGCUGGCCUUACGGCUCUGUGCCAUGCCAUCUAGUGGGUUACGUUUUCUAUGUUAACCUCUAUGCUAGCGUCAUAUUUCUCUGCCUCAUUGCACUGGACCGGUGUCUAGCAAUCGUCUAUCCGUUAAGCAGUCGUGGCGUACGGAAGGUGCAGGUGGCCGCUUUCUCUGGUGCGGUAGUCUGGACUUUGAUAUUUCUUUUCUGUCUGACUGGCCUCUAUCCAUCUGUGUUCGAACCCCAAAGACAAUUAUGUCUAGAGCAGUAUCCCGUAAGCACCAGAUAUGCUUACUUUAAGAUCACCACUGUCGCUUUAGGCUUUCUGAUGCCCUGCUCUAUACUAGGGUAUACCUCAGCCCGAAUCGGGCGGACUCUACUGAACUCUCCUUCGGUCUCUGAUCACGAAUGCCGGAGAAUUGUUGCGACCCUGGUCGUCAUUACUGUUAUAUUUAUUGUAAUUUUUGGUCCUUAUCACCUGGUGGGCGGUUACAGAUUUGUUACCCUGCUUCUCACAGAAAGUGAGGAAGACCAGUGUGCAGUUGAACUGUCCUUCUACCUUUACUAUCGAAUCUGCUACGGGCUCACCAGCCUCAACACCCUCCUCAACCCUCUUUUCUACAUCUUUCUUUGCAAUGACGCUCGCCAAGAGCUUCGGAAAUCUCUUCUCUGCUCCUGCAGGGGUCAGAAAGAACGGCAAGGAUCUCAAGUCACGAAUGUUCCCAAAGCAAGCAGAACAAACGUGUAGCCAUUUUGUUCAGAUGCUAAUCUGUGUUUGCACUGCAUGUGCUCAAACCCUGUGGAUAUUCUCACACAAGUAUGUAAAAAUGUUUUAUCAGGUCGAACUCUGAAAAACCUUAUUUAGGGUAAAAGCAAAUGUAGGCACAAAUUAUGGGCUAAAUUUUCAUUUUCACGUAAUCUAAAUGCAGGCAAAUUAACCUUUGUUAUUUUUGAUUCUGACAUUAAAAUAAUAUACAUAAUGAACGUACGAUUGAAUGCAACUACAGAUGGACUCUGUGUACUAUGUAGGCUACCUGCUUUGUGUACAUUUGACCACCUGAGGGCAGUAUGUUCACUGAAACAUCUAAACUCGUAUGUUGACGAGUUUAGAUGUUUACUAAUACUAUUUCUGCAGAAUACACUGUGGUUUUAUCGGACGCACGCGACGUUAUAAUAUAACAAUUUAUUUUAUAUUUCAUUUAUAUUUGUUUUAAUCAGCCAAAUAUUAACAGUUUAUUGUAUAUUAAUUGUGUUCAAUUAAAUUAAAACUACUCAACAGUUCUUGGCUCUUUGUGGAGGUCUAAAUUUAGGCAACAUAAGAUUGAGCCAUUAACCAUGGAUUAAAAUGUAUAAUUUGGUCUGAUAUCCAAGGAAAGGCAUUUUUAUUCAAAAUGAAAUAAAAUAUAAAUUAAUUUAAAUAAAAAACAUUUUUUACACAUGCUAAAUU